AUGCCCAGAAGGCGACCACAACCGUCAACACCGGAGGACUUGCCAGAUCCGCCUUCUGAUUCUGAAAAGAAAGAAUACCAUGUUGCGGGAGACAAAGUUUACUUUGUCCUUCGCGGCGGUAGUGAAUGGCGAACGGGGAGCAUCAGCAACAAGACAUCCAGCACCCUAAUGGCAGUUGUUAUCGAUGACGAGACAGAGGACGAGGAGAACGUUCGUACGGAAUACAUCCGCUUGAGGAGGUCAUAA